GGAACCGGCCUACUAAAACAACCCAAAUUCAACUUUCACCCUAGUCGAUGCUCCAUUUGAGUCUCUAACCAUCUAUAAGUAAUCCACUGUACUCCAUAUUGAGCUUAUACAAAAGGACUACGCUGCCGAAACUAGAUAGUUACACUUGACAAUUGGACCUCGCAUACUGCUAUCUAUGUAUAUUCAGCUAGCUAGUGAAUCCCACGAUGAUGAUUUCGCCAAGGCUACGGGCUCUCUCCCCGUCGGGGAACCGAGGAUGCGAUGACAUUUCUAAUGGUAGUACUAGCACAGACAUUGCGAUAAUGUGUCACGGUGUUCAGGUAUAUUAUAGCUACUUGGUGCCCAUAUCAUGAUCUACAUACAUAGGCUGUGUGACGAUCACGAUCUGCAUACGUCAACUACAAGCAUAAUCAGCGCUGUGCAUCAUGUUCAUCUCUAAAAUCCUCUUCGCGGCACUCGCCACCAUCGGGGUAGCAUCAGCCGCCCCGGCCUCCCUUGCCAAGCGCCUGCCGGGCCGCGUCGUGAAAGCCGGCGAGCCGGUGGUGAUCGACACCAACUCUGAGUACGUCCGAGUUAGCUUUAUGAACGACGGUAGCCUGAUAGGCGGGUACACCGCCAAGGACGGCACCCAGAAUGUCCUGCGCGUUGUGAAGUCUACCAACGGCGGCCAGUCGUGGGAAUAUCUCGGUGAAGUGUUCCGAGGCGAAAUCGCAACCCACGACAUCAACAAUGCCAUGCCGCUUCAGCUCCCUAACGGUCGCAUCCUAUACGCGUACCGGAACCACGAUCGCACGGGUGCCGACUGGCACUACACGUACUUCCGCAUCUCGAUCUCGUACUCGGACGACGGCGGCAAGACCUUCAAGUAUCUCUCUACCGUCGAGGAGCACGUCCCGUCAGGCGUCAACGGCCUUUGGGAGCCGUUCCUGCGGAUCGCUAGGGACGGGUCGCUGCAGUGCUAUUACUCUGCUGAGAACAACGCGGGCGACCAGGACAACUUCAUGAAGUACUCCACGGACGGCGGCGCGACGUGGUCUAACUGGAUUGCCGUCUCGGGCGGCGACAAGACUUCUCGCGAUGGCAUGGUUGGUGUUGCGCCUAUUGACAAUGACGGAAAUCUCAUUGCCGUCUUCGAAAACACCGAAAGCGGCGUCUUCUCGGUCAACUACGUGCUCUCGCACGACGACGGACGGUCGUGGGGGUCGCGCGGCCGGCUAUACACGGCGCGCGACGGGAAGCUGGCGGGGGCGCCGCAGGUGUACAACGUGUGGGGCACGCUGGUGGCCAGCUUCAUGACGAACGAGGACGUGGAGGGCACGAGCGGGUACGACGGGGCGCAGAUGAAGGUUAUUACCAGCGUGGACGGCGGCAAGACGUGGUCCGGCAGCGUGGUUACCGGCGAGGCGGCGUCGCAUUGGCCGGGCGUGUUUAAUCGCGACGCUACGCAUUUCUUGGCGCUGUAUUCGAAGGAUGGGCUGGGGGCUGUUAGUCAGUUGUACGAGUUGCAGGAUUAGGGCGGCGGUUGUUUGUAUGUUUGUGGUAGGAAGAGGAUAGAUGGUCCUGCUUCUUGUGCCUUGGGGGGGGGGAAUCUUGAGAAGAGAGAGGAGGUUUGGGCUUUGGUCGUUGAAUCUAUCUAGAUUGUAUAUAGUUCUAUUCGUUGUCUAUAUUCU